GGUGCUGUCUGUGACAGAGAGUGGUUUGUUUUGACAACACUCGAACACUGAGGAUGAUGGGUAAUUUAAAUAAUAAUUUAUUAUUGUAAUGGUAAUUGACUAAUUGGGAAAUGGUAAAAAUGUGAUAAUAGUAUUGUGAUAGUGUUCAAUUGUGUUAAGAACUUGUGGUUUUUAAUGGAAUUUGUCGAGAGCAGUCAAAAAGUUUUUUUAUUUUUCAUGUUGUUUAGGAACCAAACUACGAAUAUGUGAUUUUAGAAUCGACAAUUACCGAUUUAUAAUGAUAAAUUUCAGGACACAUACAGUCUCAGUGUGAGAGUUGUUUUCUUAUUUUCAUUGUCAGGUUUUAUAUGUUUCCUACAUAGGCUUGAAAAGAAUAUGUGCAUUUACUACAGCAAAUAAAAAAUCAGUAUAAUUUUUUAUUCCAACCUAGUCUCACUUGAGAAUUGUUCACAAAAAUGGCCAGACCUCUACCAAGCCAGCAAAAGUUGGCUGAAAAACUAUGUAUAAUUAAUGACAGAGGGAUUGGCAUGCUUACACGGAUUUAUAACAUCAAAAAGGCAUGCGGAGAUGUGAAGUCGAAACCAGCUUUUUUGUCUGACAAAUCUCUGGAAUCUUCGAUCAAAUACAUCGUCAGGAAAUUUCCUCACAUCGAUUUGAAAGGGCUUCAAGGUGUAAACCAACUUCGAAGUGAAAUUAUAAAGUCGUUGUCAUUGUAUUACUAUACUUUUGUGGAUCUAUUGGAUUUUCGUGACAAUGUUUCGGAAAUUUUGACCACUAUAGAUGCCUGUAAAAUUCAUCUUGAUAUUACCCUGAAUUUUGAACUGACAAAAGCUUACUUGGAUUUGGUGGCCACUUAUGCUACAUUGAUGAUACUGUUAUCCAGAGUUGAAGACAGAAAAGCGGUGCUCGGGCUAUUCAAUGCUGCACACGAAAUGGUUCAUAGUCAAGGCGAUGUUCAUUUCCCAAGAUUGGGUCAAAUGAUUACCGAAUAUGAACAUCCAAUGAAAAAGUUGUAUGAAGAAUUUCAACCACAUGCCGAGCUUCUUCAUAAUGCGCUUUUGUCUGUUUGGCCGGUUUAUAUUGCGCGAAAUAUACCAGCUGACAAAUGGAGAUCGGAUCAGAAAUUGAGUUUAGUUGGAAAUCCAAGUCAGCUGUUGAAACCCUCUCACACAGAGACAAUGUCCUGCGAAUACUUAUCUUUGGAAACUAUAGAAAGAUGGAUAAUUUUUGGCUUCAUGCUGUGUCAUCACAAGCUAAACAAAGAGCAGUCGAACAAAUUGUGGUUAAUGGCGCUGGAAAACAGCUGGGUUGUCACGUUAUUUCGUGACGAGGUCAUCUACAUUCAUGCAUACAUUCAAACCCUGUUUGAUGGUAUUAAAGGAUAUGGGAAACGUGUAUCUGAAGUCAAAGAUUGCUAUAAUCAAGCAAUUCAGAAAGCGACAUACAGACACCGGGAGAGAAGGAAAUUCCUCAGAACUGCUUUGAAAGAGAUGGGCUUGAUCUUCACUGAUCAACCAGGGCUUCUUGGGCCCAAAGCUUUAUUGAUAUUCAUUGGACUCAGCUUCGCCAAGGAUGAAGUAUAUUGGCUGUUGAGGCACAAUGACAAUCCACCUCAACAAAAAAACAAAGGCAAAAUAGCAGAGGAUCUUGUCGAUAGGCAGUUGCCUGAAUUGCUUUUCCACAUGGAGGAAUUAAGAGUUCUUGUGAGAAAGUACAGCCAAGUAAUUCAGCGAUAUUACGUGCAAUACUUGUCGGGAUUUGAUGCAAUAGCUUUAAAUAAAAUGAUGCCCAACAUGGCCGUAUGUCCAGAAGAUGAGAAUAUAAUCUUGUCAUCAAUCUAUAAGGGUAUUUCAAAUCUGUCUGUCAAACAAGUUGAAGACAAUGAUUUAUUCGAUUUCCGAGCUUUGAGAUUGGACUGGUUCCGCUUGCAGGCUUAUACAUCAGUCAGUAAAUCCCCAAUAUCACUGAAGAACAAUAAAGAUUUGGCCUCACUUCUUGAUACUAUCAUGUUUCAUACAAAAAUGGUCGAUUAUCUUGAUGAAAUCGUUAUCGAAACGUCUGAUCUCUCAAUUUUUUGUUUCUACAGUAAAAUAUUCGAAGAUCAAUUUCAUAUGUGUUUGGAGUUUCCUGCUCAAAAUAGAUAUAUCAUUGCAUUCCCAUUAAUUUGCAAUCAUUUCCAAAAUUGCACACAUGAGUUAUGUCCUGAAGAGGGUGUGGAAAGAUUAUCUGAUGAUUUUCUGUACCGCGCCAUUGAGCAAAUAUGUGGAGGCGGUAGGUGGGUGGAGAGACAUCAUAUCAGAGAACGUAGUCUGUCUGUGGUCAAUAUGUUUUUGGAUGAAAUGGCAAAAGAAGCUAAAAAUAUAAUUACGACCAUAUGCGAUGAACAGUGCACCAUGAGUGAUAAGCUUUUACCGAAACAUUGUGCAGUUCUUAUUUCUCAAGUGGUCAAUCGUAAAAGGAAAGAUAAGAACAAGAAGGUAACCCCUGAAAUUGCCAAGCCUGGGGUCGAAAGUUAUCGUAAAACAAGAGAAGAUCUUACUACAAUGGAUAAACUACACAUGGCUUUGACUGAACUGUGCUUUGCUCUGAACUAUUGUUCUACUAUUAAUGUGUGGGAGUAUACAUUUUCCCCUCGAGAGUAUCUACAUCAGCAUUUGGAGAACAGAUUUUCUCGUGCUCUGGUAGGAAUGGUUAUGUUCAACCCAGAUACCAGUGAGAUCGCUAAACCCUCUGAGUUAUUGGCCAGUGUUCGGGCUUACAUGAAUGUUCUGCAAACUGUUGAAAACUAUGUUCACAUAGACAUCACACGAGUAUUUAAUAACGCGCUCUUACAACAGACUCAACAGAUGGACAGUCAUGGAGAUAAAACCGUGGCCGCUCUUUACACCCAGUGGUAUUCUGAAGUUCUGCUGCGGAGAGUGAGCGCCGGAAACAUUUGUUUCUCACUGAAUCAACGAGCCUUUGUGAGCUUGACGGCAGAGGGUGCUAUUCCAUUCAACGCAGAAGAGUUCUCAGACAUUAAUGAGUUGCGGUCUCUGGUCGAAUUGAUUGGGCCAUAUGGUAUAAAGCUAUUGAACGAAACCUUGAUGUGGCAUAUUGCAAGUCAGGUUCAAGAAUUGAAGAAAUUAGUUGCUGGAAACAAAGAGGUUCUUAUUGCUCUAAGAACAAAUUUCGAUAAACCAGAAAUCAUGAAGGAACAGUUUAAGAAACUUCAACAUGUUGACAAUGUUCUUCAAAGAAUGACGAUUGUUGGGGUUAUUUUGAGUUUUAGACAGCUAGCACAGGGUGCUCUGGUUGAUGUCUUGGAACAAAGAAUUCCUUUUCUCCUAAGUUCAAUAACGGACUUCAGACAUCACGCUCCAGCUGGAGAUUUAAUGGCUGUCAGUGAGAUGGCAUCAGCCGCAGGCUUGCCAUGUAAAGUUGAUCCCACCUUAGCCUCCGCUCUUCGAAACCAAAAAAGUGAAAGUCACGAAGAGGAGCACCUGUUGUCCUGCCUGUUGAUGGUUUUCGUGGCAGUUUCCAUUCCAAAAUUGGCCAGAAACGACAACUCGUUCUACAGGGCGUCGCUCGAAGGACAUUCCAAUAACAUACAUUGUAUGGCGUCUGCGAUAAAUAAUAUUUUCGGAGCUCUGUUCACAAUCUACUCGCAGGGUGACAUUGAGGACCGGAUGAAGGAGUUUCUGGCCUUGGCGUCGUCAAGUUUAUUGAGACUGGGUCAAGAGGCCGAUAAAGAAAUAAUCAAAAAUCGCGAAUCAGUUUAUCUAUUACUUGAUCAGAUUGUUCAAGAAUCACCCUUCCUAACAAUGGACUUACUGGAGUCUUGCUUCCCAUAUGCACUAAUUCGAAAUGCUUAUCAUGCUGUUUAUAAACAAGAGCAUUCCCAUUCGUAAACACAUCAGCAUUCACUCUGCUUCAACUUCAAAAGAUUAUUUACAUUGUUAAGAUUAUACAGAGCUUAUUUAUUGAAUGUUCAUCAAUGUUGUAAAGAUUAUAAGAGCUUCUAUUUAUUAAAUGUUGAUCUUCAUUGUAUAGAUUAUAAGAGCUUCUAUUUAUUAAAUGUUGAACUAUAUUGUAUAUUUUAAUUCAUAAGAAUGAAUUUUCUAUGUUAUUAAAUUGUCUGUCGAGUGUCGAUACUA